AUGCCCAUCCCGUCCAUCACAGAGGCGGUGCGGCAGGCGCUCGCAUCGCCGUCGGCCUGUGUGCCGGACGGCGCGGCGACCAUCUCAGUGACCAACAAGCACCACGCGAAGCUGCGCAGCCAGCAGUUUGCGCGCCUCCGCGACCAGCCCUGCUUCAUGAGCCGCGUCGUCUCGGUGUGCUACAACAAUGUGACCGAUGGGGCCGGCGUGUGCGUCCGGUCCAGCUUUGCGCUGCCGCCGUCCGACUUUCGGCGCAGCAACUACGCCAACCUGAUCUGGGCAAAGUGGCGCAUCCUCGCGGACGCGCUUGCCGCCGCCCGCGUGGUGCUCUGGCUCGACGCUGACGUGCUCAUCCUGCGCAACCCGUGGGACGCCCUGCGGAGCUCCACCGAGGUUGGCGCUCGCCUGUACGCCAUCCGAUACCAGGCGGAGGAGCAGCCCUGCAUGGCGACGUCGUACGAGGGCGCGCGGCUCGCGUGCACCCGCCUCAACGGCGGUCAGCUGCUCGUGAGCAGUCGCAGCCUCGCGAGCGACGUCUACGCCCUGCGCCCCGCCAACCUGAGCAACAUGGACGCCCUCGACCAGGACUAUGCGGACACGGUCGUGCAGAACCGCAGCUACUCGCGCUGCGCGCUGGGGCCGGCGUUUGCCGCCGCCUGCUGGCGCAAGAGGAUUCCCGCGUCGGCGCGCGAGGCGUGCGGCUUUGUGACGUACCACACCAACUGCAUCACCAACAUGCGCGACAAGCUCCACGCGAUGAAGCGGGUGCUCGAGGAAGCUCUCAUCGGCCGCGUCACUGACACACACUCCAAGCGCCAGCGGCACGCGUCAGGCUGGCGCGAGCUGCGCCUCAGGGCGCGAGCCAGGAGCUGCCUCGCUCGUGCGGAGCGCAAAGACCUGCGCGCCGCAGCCGACGGCGACGACGAGCGCCGCUGCGCCAGUCUCACUAGGCGAGCCGCCAGCACGGCCCUCGUCGUCGCGCGGCUGGCACACGGCGAGCGCGCUCGUGUGCUGCACCGAGACCAUGCAGCUCGCUGCCAGAUCAAGCGCCCGCGAUGCCCACCGGCUAGACGCCGCGCCGCCGUCGUCGCCUCCGUCGUCGUCCUCGCCCUCGUCGUCGCGCCCCUCGCGCGGCGCACGGCCGCAGCUCGGCAGCCGCACGCGCCAAGCGUUGAGCCGCUGGUCGUGCGCCGUCGAGAAGACAGCACCACGAUGGCGGACACCGACUUCUCGAAGGCCAGGGUGGAGAACAGCGAUUGGCGAGGCGCUAGCUUCAAGGGCGCGUGCAACUUUUCGGACACGGCAAUCCGCCAGCGCAUCUCUUUGGCGGAGCUCAAGGCUGGCGGGCUGGUGCAGGGGCUAAAGACCACGGGCUACUCGCUCGAGGAGAUAAAGGCGGCGGGCUACUCGCCCGAGGGGUUCAAGGCGGCGGGCUACUCGCUCGAGGAGAUGAAGGCGGUGGCCUACUCGCUCAAGGAGAUGAAGGCGGCGGGCUACUCGUGCAGUGAGGUCAAGGCGGCGGGCUACUCACUCGAGGAGAUAAAGGCGGCGGGCUACUCGUGCAGCGACGCAAAGGCGGCGGGCUACUCGUGCAGAGAGGCGAAGGCGGCGGCCUACUCGCUCAAGGAGAUGAAGGCGGCGGGCUUCUCGUGCAGUGCGCGCCGUGGAGGGAACAUACCGCCGAUGUCCGAGCCUCCGAGCCUCCGCACCUCUCUCGUCGCCGACGCCGAGCUCCCGUCCGUGCCCUCUGAGUCCAGCCUCCCGGACGGGAGCAGAGCGAUGAGGCGCUCUUCCUGGAAGGUGGCGGUCGACGUUCCGCCCGAGGCGCCUCCGGCCACCAGGCCGCCCGAGCAGAAGAAGUGGCAGGCGGCGGCGACAGGGCAGCACGGCGCGGCGCCUUCGUGGAGGCAGUUCCUCUCCCUCUGCCUCGGCGCGACCGGAGUCGUCUUUGGCGACAUCGGGACCAGCGAGGGCGGCUCGCUCGCGCUGAUGCAGGUGGUGCUGCGCGCCGUCGGCACAAGGGCGGCCGAGCCGCGGCUGGUCGGCUUCACCGCGGCCCUCGGCAUGAUUGGCACCUCGCUGCUCAUUGGCGACGGCGCCAUCACGCCGGUGAUGAGCGUGCUCGGCGCCAUCGAGGGGCUCCCGAUCGAGAGCGACGCGGUGCUCGCCUGGCUCUGCGUCGCGAUCCUCGUCGUGCUCUUUGGCGUGCAGAGCUUUGGCUCCAAGGCGAUCGGCCUCGUGUACGGCCCAAUCAUGAGCCUCUGGUUCCUCGUCAUCUGUGCCCUCGGCGUGUACAACACGUGCCGCUACUCGGCAGAGGCGGCCAUCGUCGCGCGCGGCUUCAACCCGUACUGGCUCUGGCACUACUGGUUCUCGGGCACGUGCAGAGGGUACGAGGCCUGGAAGUCGCUCGCGGGCAUCGUGCUGACGGUGACGGGCGCCGAGGCGCUGUACGCCGACAUGGGGCACUUUGGCCGGCGCCCAAUCAUGACGGCGUGGUUCGCGCUCGUCUUUCCCUCGCUCGUCCUGCAGUACAUUGGGCAGGCGGCCGCGCUGCUGAGGAGGCCAGAGCUGCUCGCCGACUCCGCGGGCACCUUUUACGGCUCGGCGCCAGCGAGCCUGCGCUACCCGCUCCUCGCGCUCGCGAUCCUCGCCGCGGUCAUCGCCUCGCAGGCGCUCCUCUCGGGCGUCUUCUCGGUGCUCUCUCAGGCGGUGCAGGCCGGCUUCAUGCCGCGGACCAAGGUAGUGCACACCGACGACAAAAACAAGGGGCAGGUGUUCAUCCAAUCGGCAAACUUGCUGCUGCUCGCGCUCUGCAUCGUACUCGCGCUCGCCUUCAAGACGUCCGCCGCCCUCGCGGGCGCCUACGGGAUCGCCGUCACCACCACCUUUGUCGCCACGACGGUGCUGCUCUACCUGGUGCUGCGCCGCGCGUGGAAGUGGUGUGCCGGCUCCGCGCUGCUCGUGUGCCUCCCGCUCCUCGUCGUCGACGGGCUGCUCUGGUCGUCCAACCUGCUCAAGAUUGCAAACUCGGGGUGGGUGCCGAUCGUCAUCGCGCUGGCCGUCUUUGGCGUGCUGAGCACGUACAACUGGGGGCGCGAGGAGGAGGCGGCGCUGCUCCUCGCCGAGUGCGACGCCGAGGAGGGCGCGGCGUCCUCCGACAUCACGAGCAGCCUGAGAAUCCCCGCGCUCGAGGCGGCGGUCCGGGCGUGCGGCUACCCCCGCACCAGGGCCGUCGGCAUCUACCUGACGCCGUACGACUGGCGCGUGCCUCGCUCGCUCGGCACGCUGGCCGACGCGUGCGGCUCGCUCCCGGGCACCAUCGUCCUGCUGAACGUCCGUUUCGAGGACGUUCCCUUUGUCCCCGCCGAGGAGCGGGUCGACCUGGCCGUCAUCAGCGACGAGCUCGGUCUGUACCAGGCGUCGGUGCGCUUUGGCUACGCCGAGCCCCUCAACGCGGCGCAGGGCCUGCACGCGACCCUGGUGGCGGCCAAGCAGCCAAAGCUCUCGGCGCUCCUCGCCGCCCACGCGCGCCUGCCGACCAGGGCGUCGGCGCAGGUGGCCGCGCCCAGCGUGCACUACAUUCUCAACCGGCUGCACCACAUCGUCCGCCCAGAGCACGGCCCGCUCUGCCGGCUGCGCGUCUCGCUCUACAAGUGGCUCAAGCAGAACGAGUGCCCGGCCGUCGCCUUCUUCGGACUGGAGGACAACCGGACGCUGGAGGUGCCGCAAGCCGCUGCCUUUGCUGCCGACGACGGCGCCGAUGCAGGUCGCCGGGACCGGCUCCGCGUGGGUGAUCGAGGCGGCGGCGGCGGCGGCAUCGUUGACGCCGUACAUGGGUGGGCGAGUCGCAGCGUGGACGAGGCGAUCGAGACGCUCGCGAGCCCGGACGUGACCGUCACCAACCAGUCCGACAAGGAGCUGCAGCUGUACAAGCUGCGCGAGCUCGAUGAGCUGGUGCAAGAAGCUGUGGCCCGGUCUCUUCACAGGAAAAUCCUGUGA